AUGGCAGCGAUGCCAGAGUUGACGACAUACGAGGCGACAGUAGUGACUGGUCUGGAGUGGAUCGCAGCCGAAGAAUGCGUUGAGAAGUUGGCCACAAAGAAAGUGACACAAAGUCACGGCCGGGUCUUCAUUGAAACCGAUCGACCCGUUCAACAGGUGUUUGAUUUGAAAUCUGUUGAUAAUAUUUAUGCCGUUAUUUACGACAACGCGAGCGAAGAGGUGCCCAAAAAUGCUGAAGAAUUGAGCCAAAAGUUGACAAGUAUUUCAACCGCUUGUGAUUGGAGUCGAGGCCUGAAGACAUGGAUGGAUGCUUACAAUUGGACUAAAUGUGAUUUGAAGACAAUAUUGGACACUAACGCCGAUCUAAAGGACAUGAAACCGGCGUUUCGGGUGACCGCCAACCGAACCGGUGAUCAUAAAUUCAAUUCACACGAAUGUGCGGUCAUUUUGGGCGCCAUUAUUAACGAUACUUAUCACUGGAAAGUCUCGAUGAAAGAGUUUGAUAUCGAAGUCGUCCUUAACGUUAGAGACAAUCACUUCUAUGUCUGUCUGGCGUUGACUCGAGAGUCACUUCACAGACGAAAUCUGGUCUGUUUUGGACCGACAAGUCUUCGGGCGACCAUUGCUUACAAUAUGCUUCGUAUGGCAAACGUUCAGUUGGGAGACAUCGUAUGCGACCCGAUGUGUGGCUCCGGAGCCAUACCUGUGGAGUGCGCUCACAAUUGGCAAACCUUUGGCAUCGCUGCCGACAAUCAUCCCGUGGCUGUCGAGCGGACACAAACCAAUUGUCGCCAUAACAAGUCUCUCACAGACGUGAAUCAAUGGGACGUCACAGCACUUCCGUUUCGCUCCGACUCUAUCGACGUCUUCAUCACUGAUUUGCCAUUUGGGAAGCGUUUGGGAUCCAAACACGACAAUAAAACCUUAUAUCCGGCACUUCUUCAGCAACUGAGUCGAUGCAUUCGUGUCGGCACCGGAAGAAUGGUUCUGUUGACUCAAGACAAACGAAAUAUGAUUCAGUCGUUGCAGAAACCAUAUGUUAGUAAGUAUUGGAAAGUCGUUCGCAAGACAUUUGUCCGCAUCGGAGGUCUCGACGCUUCCAUAUUUGUUCUCAAACGUAACGCUUUGCCGUUCACUCCCAUAUAA